GGGUUAGGGUUUAGAAUCAUAGAGAAGUACAUCUGAAGAGAAGAGAAGAAGAAAAAACAGCAGCCAUGUUUCCUGGAAUGUUCAUGGAGAAGCCAGACAAAGCCUUGGCUUUGAAGCAGCUUCGAACCCACGUUGCUCUCUUCGGCGGCUGGGUUGUGGCUAUCCGCGUUGCUCCGUACGUCCUCUCGUACUUCUCAGAUUCCAAGGAGGAGUUCAAGCUCGACUUCUAAGACUCGAUUUUGAGUGUUGAAGCGGGUGAUAUUUAGAUGCACUUUGAGCCAAUGGAAGACUUUGUUUUUUGCAAUUUCUGAAAUAACCAAGUUGUGUGAGACAUUAAGUCUAAAGUGAUGUACUUUUGCUAUUCGUUUGUUACUUUGGUUUCUUAUCUCUCAUAUCCUUUCUUUUCUUUUGAUUUAUUGGAAAGGGUAUUAUUAUGAGUGUUGUCGGCAUAAAUCAUCUUAGGCCAUCUACAAACGAUUAUGCUUAUUAAGUUCUUUCGGAAAAUGUCGUGUAUCUGCAA